CAUCUAUAAACCAGUCUCAGUAGGAGUGAGGACAAAGCUGUAGACAGGUCACCCUUUUGACAGUUAACGUUUGCCAAAAUGUGGAAAAAACCGAAGACCGCAGAGUCCACGACCAACCGACGAUGUUUCUCACUCGUCCAUCAAUACAUUCAGCGCUUUAAUGAGGUGUCUGGCAGCAAGUCAGCUGUCAUCCGGAGAAGAUCUGAGACUCCUGGAGUAAUGAUCACGCAGUAUGUAUUGGACAUACCAGAGGGAAAAAGCACCCCAGACUUUGAGAGUAAACCGAUUCCAGUAUCUAUCAAGGAAGGGCAAGUAGCCAGUUUCAAGGUUGUGGUGAAAGGGGAUCCGAAACCAGAAGUGUCAUGGAGAAGAGCUAAAGGGCCCAUUACAGACAAGAACAAAUUUCAGAGUAAAUAUGAUGAAUCAUCAGGAGAGCAUAUAUUCGAGAUUGUCAAAGUGUCUGGUGAGGAAACAGAUACAUACAAAUGCUAUGCUGCCAACGAAUAUGGAAAAGCUGUCUGCACAACAACAUUAAAUGUGAUUGAGGCUUCGAAAAAUCCAUCAGACUUCAGAAAACUGCUGCGGAGAAGGUAAGAAAAC